AUGGUUGGCGCUCAUCGUUGGCUACAGAGAAGCGCCUCGGGCGUCUCUCGCUGGCAGCACUCGUCCGCUGUCGGCACUUCCGCCUCGGCAUCCUCUGCGCUCACUCAUCGUCAGAGUCAUACACCAUCGGCUGCUGCAUCACAGCACUGCUUAUCGACAGCUUCGACGCCUCUGCGCUCACCUACUUCGUCUCGGCCGCCACCCUCUGGCUCUCCCGCAUCUGCGCCGUCUGCGAGUAGCUCUGGCCCCGGCUCUUCACAGUGGAAACCCCCACCUCCUCCGCCGUCGGGUUCUGCCGCAGCUUCACGCAAGCAGUCUCGCAAAGAGUGGCUUCUAGUCGGAGUCGCAGGCUCGGCCGCAGCAGUAGGAUCGUGGUACUAUUGGUCCAACAUCCGACCACGACACCAAGCCAACAAGGCCGCCGCAGCUGCUCUCGCUGCCAACUCGGCACCCUUCUCUUUGACUGCCGAAAGCAGAACCUCGUUCUCCAUUCCCAUUCGUCAGGCUCAGGCCGGCGGUCCGACCAACAAGGUGAUCAACACACUCACCAACGCCGAGGUCGAUCGGCGCCUCACCGAGAACCAGCGCAGCACCCGCGUCGAUCGACCUCAAGGUGCUUGCCUCGUCGCCCGCUAUGACACCAACUCGGUCGCAAGUAACGACCCAAUCGAGGACAAGCGAGCCGAGGUGAUCGUCGAGCGCGACCACGCUGUCGCCGCCUCGCCUUCCCCUCCGCCUGCAUCACCGACCCCGAACACCGCUGCCGGCAGUGCAAACGGCGAUCUAUGCUUCUUUGCCGUCAUGGACGGUCACGCUGGCUUCCACACCAGUACCUUGCUCAGUCAGAAGCUGAUCGCUUUUGUUGCAUUGGAGCUCGACAAGGUCUUCCGAGAAGCUGGCGAUUAUGCCGAGAUUGCAAAAGCCAAGUCGGCUAUGCCUAACAAGCUCUGGCGUGCUAUUGUCGGCGGUGGUCCCGCUGGAUCCACAAGCGGUCUAGACGGCGAUCCCGAAGUGGUCAAGCGAGCCAUCGCAAAAGCCUUCCGCGGCCUCGACAAGGAGAUUGUCAACACCCCAGUAGAGCUGCUCAAGGAGUACGAGCUGAGUCUCGCUUCCACCUCUUCCAACUCCGUCUCACCCGAAGGUGGGGCAGGCAAUGCUCGAAGCCUGAGCUCCCUCGCGCACACCAUCUUCCCCAGCUCGACCAACGCCACCUUCACCACAACACAAAAGAGCGCGUACGAGAGCAUCCUUCCCGCCAUGUCCGGCAGCUGCGCUCUGCUGACCUACAUCGACUCUGCACGACAGGACGUGUACGUCGCGUGCACUGGUGAUUCGCGUGCCGUUGCCGGCUACUGGGACGAGGCUUCCGGUAAGUGGGAACUCGAGGCGCUUUCCGUAGACCAGACCGGUCGCAACCUAGACGAGGUGAAACGCAUGCGUGCAGAGCAUCCUCCAUCCGAAUCCGAGAAUGUCAUUCAGCGAGGUCGCGUGCUCGGAGGUCUCGAACCCACCCGCGCAUUUGGAGACGCCAGAUAUAAGUGGGACCGCGAAUUGCAGGGACGCCUCUACGAUGCCUUCCUACCGGGCGGCCGGGCUUCGACGCGUGGUCCACCGCGUGGUCUCGAGACUCCUCCCUAUGUCACUGCGACGCCGGCGGUUGAAUGGCGUCGAGUGGGCGAGACGAGCUCGCACCCCAACAAGGAGCUUCGCUUCAUCAUCAUGGCCACCGAUGGGCUGUGGGACAUGAUGAGCAACGAAGAGGCCGUCAGCCUCGUUGCUGGGCACCUCGCUGGCAUCAAGGGUACCAUUCGCUCGUCAGAGUUGCAUAGGAACACCUUCCAGCCUGUCGACAAGCUGCACUCAUUGCCAGCCGCCAGCUCAGAAGCUCAGACGGUGUCGACGUCCGUCAAGACCGCGACUUCGGACGAACAACGUGAGCUUGCCGUGUCCAAGCAACACCCACUCUCGAAAGGACCAGAGACGUUGCGGACGUUCCAAUUCCAGGACGACAACCUCUCGACACAUCUCAUUCGCAAUGCACUCGGCGGUGCCAAUCAGCAGCGAGUCGCAGGCUUGCUUGCCAUCCCGGCCCCCGAGAGUCGAAGAUACAGGGAUGACAUCACUGUCAACGUUAUCCUCUUCAACUCGCCGGCAACAACUCCGACCCAGCCAAAACCGACAACUAUAUCGAGCGUCGAAGACCCGCAAAGUUCUCCUAUCAAGUCUCAACUUUGA